AUGGCCUUCAACUUCAACUGGUCGCCGCUCAUCGCCGACACGUCGCGGGCGCGCGACAUGCUGACCACAGCGCUCAACAAGUCGCCCAAGCCGCCCAUCAUCGUCGACGACAUCAUCGUGACCGAACUGAAUCUGGGCAGCACCCCACCGGAGCUGGAAAUACUCGAGAUUGGCGAUUUGGCAGAAGACCGCUUUAGGGGGAUUUUCAAAAUGUCAUAUGCAGGCGAUGCCUUCUUGACGCUCAAGACAAAGGUCCAGGCAAACCCGCUCAAGACCUACCUCUCCACCAAGCCCGAUUUUGCAUCACCACAGCCACUCGCGGCAGCCUCGGGCUUGACCAUUCCGCUGCAGAUUACCUUGUCGAACAUCCGCCUGUCAGGCUUCGUCAUCCUCGUCUUCUCGAAACAAAAGGGCCUGACGCUGGUCUUUCGAAAUGAUCCCGUCGAGUCGCUCAAGGUGUCGUCGACCUUUGACUCGAUCCCGUUUGUGCGCGACUACUUGCAAAAGGAGAUUGAAGGACAGUUGCGGGUCCUGUUCAUGGAGGACUUGCCAGCCAUCAUCCAUCGACUAUCGCUGCGGUUACUAUCGCCUGAAUUCCAGGAGCUGGAGACGGAGGAGAGGCUGGAAGGAAACAACGAUACCGCCCCUGCCAUCGACCCCCUCGCCUCGCCUCCGCAAGACGCCGUCGAUGCAUUUGGCAACCUCCUCGACGAGUCGCAGAUUUCGGAUCUGUCCCUCGAUGCUAGUGGGGAAGUCCAUGCUUCCUUCUCGCAAAAGAAUAUUCUCCGUCUUGCCGCCCUCUCCGAAUCGCAGCGCACGCUCUCCCUCUUCACGCCAGGCAUUCGCGAUGCCGUCUUCCGCGCUUGGGCUGGCCAUCCAGACAGGCCAGAGUCGGGUGCUGCUACCCCAGCGCUUACACAGGGUAGUCUGUCGAGGAUACAAUCUACGUUUGGCAGCUACAAGUCGGGCGCAUCAUCUGUCGCCUCUGACAGCACUGGCAACGAGACCCACAGCUCGCGGCCUACCAUGAUGUCAUCGUCGUCCUACCUGUCUGCAGGCCUGAGCCUGGGAGCGGGCCGGUCACGCACUGGAGGCAUGCGGAAGCGCAAGAAGCGCGUUGUCGAUCUGCGAAAGAAGACUGACGAUGCAGAUUCAUCUGGCGUGUCCAGUGGGGCUCACACGCCGCUACCAAGCACCUAUGUCUCCGAGACAUCAAGCGCCAUACCCGAAGAACGAGAGUUGGAAGAGGAGCUGGCCACGCCGCCGAAGACUCCAGACCGGCCUGGCAUGACCUUUGAAAGCAAGCACGGCAGUCUCGACUAUGGCGAGCCGAGUAGACUGCCAGAAAGUGCAGCAGCCAACACACCCGACUCCCACCUCGCCCCCGCGCCUCUCCUCUCCGAUCCAGCCCACUUUUCCAAGCCAAAACAAAAAGCGUAUACCGACGAUCCAGCAAAGUCUCGCUCCUCCUCCAAGCGCCCCCCACUAUCACGCAACCAACUCCGCCAAGUACAACAAUCCACAUCCCCACUUCUCCGCUCCCUCUCCUUCGAUAGGGUCUCCUCUCUCUCCUCACCCUCCUCUGCCGAUACCACACCCAGCUCUGGCGGCAUCCUCGAACAAGCCUGGAUGCACAAGAUGGCACAAGAAAUCGCACGCAAAGUGCAAGAGGAAAAAGAUCGUGGCUCACCACGACCACGACCGCGUCAUGAACGUCGCAAGACUGCGCCUGGCAACAGCGCGGGCAUGUGGACGAACAACGAGGAAAUUGAGGCACCGCCUGCAUAUGUUGCGUAA